AAGAAACUGUAAAUAAUGUCACAGCCUACAAAUAAUGUUUUCCAUCAUCCUGAGACUGAACGAGCCGAAUCUUUCAAAGAUCAAGAAAAACUUCCUUCCGAAGGGAUCAAGCAAUUUCCUAACGGAAACAACACACCCCCUGCUGGAUAUCCUCCACGACCGCCCUUGACAAGGAUUGAUAGCAGGUCGUCCUUUCCCAUACGCCCGGGGUUUCCAAAUCCGCAACAAAUCAGACCGCCAGGUCAACAGAUAAGACCACCACCUCCAGGAACAGCUUUCAUACAAAGACCCCCAGGUGCAACGGGUAGACCUCCUUUCCAACAAGGAUUCCCAAACAAUCAGAUAAAUCAGAAUAUAAGGCUUGGGGGGCCUAAUAUAAGACCUCCUGGAGGACCUUUUCCACCUGGCGCCUUUCCAAGAGGAAUACCACCUGGGGCACGAAUUCCUAACUUGAUUCAUCAGAGAUCAGACCCCAAUUCAGAGCAUCAGAAGAUUGGAAGAGAACAUUUUACAAGAAGCCAAACCCUGGAGUCCACAGAUAUCAACAGUUCACCACCCGGAAAUGCAAAUAUGGAGAUGAAUGAGCAUGCCAACGCCAACUGGGGGAGAAGUACCCCUCCCAAAUCGGCAUCUAGUUCUUUACACUCGUCUACUACAAAUCUCAAUGAAGAUCCGUCAAGAACAUUCAGCAGAAAAAACAGUAUAGAUGAAAGGAGGCUUACAGGUUCACAAGAAAGUUUGGAAAGGAAAUCAGAACAUGAAUAUCCUUCUCGUCCAGAGUCAAGGUCCAGUUCAAGAAUGAGCCAAAUUUUGGAAAACUUCGAUGCGAAAAAUAUAAACGGUACAUCAUAUGGCGAUUCAUCCAUUCAAAGAGCAGAUUCCAGAUCAUCAAUCAAUUUGAAAGCAUCUCCUUCAGUCACAAGUUUAACGAGAGAAAAUAUUAAUGAGAAUCCAGUCAUCGAUAAACCUAAUGACAAUUUGGCCAGCAAAACUGAUAAAGAAAAAGAGAAUAACUCUCAUCAGACAGAAAGAAGUGAAGCAACCACUCCUCAAUCGCAAACGGAUAGAGGUAGUAACCUUCAGCAGACAGAAACAAGUAGAGCAUCCACUCCUCAAGCAAAAACGGAGAAAAGGAGUAAUCUCCACCAGACAGAAACAAAUAGAGCAUCCACUCCUCAAUCGAAAACAAAGAUAGAGAGUCACCUCCACCAGAGCGAAAUAAAUAAAGCAUCCACUCAUCAAACGAAAACGGAGAAAGAUAGUAACAUUCAACAGGUAGAAUCAAAUGAAUCAUCUACUCCUCAACCGAAAGCGGAAAAAGCGAAUAAUGUUGAAACGAAAAAAAAAUCGCUUCAAAUAGAGAAUUUAACGAAAGCGAAAUCUUCUGUUAAAAUAGAAGGAGAUAACGACAGCGGCGUUGACGAAUCUACGCAAGGAAAUGACCAAUCCAGCAACGGCGAUGCUAGUUCUCCAAGAAAAUCUGCUUCAAAAGCGCCGAAGAGGGUAUCUUCGGCCACACCUUCUAAAAGUAGAUCGCUAUCUAGGGAUUCCAAAUCACCAAGUUUAAAAAGUCCUGAUUCUAAUGCAACUACUCCAGGCACGACUGAAAGAAAAAAACUUCCUAUGAACAGAGUUCAGGUUGGUUCUGCUCCUUCGCCAAAUCUGAAGGAAGUUCGAUCCAAAAUCGGAUCUCUACAGAAUGCAACGCAUAAACCUGGAGGUGGUAAUAUCAAAAUUGAAACGAAGAAAAUCGAACUGAAGAAUGUUACACCAAGGAUUGAAGCUAAGAAUGACAAAUAUAUUCCCAAAGGAGGAGAAAAAAAAAUAAUAUCACAAAAGCUACAGUGGAAUGCGAAGCCGAAAGUUGGAUCAUUGGAUAACGCCAGUCACAAACCCGUUUCCAGUGGAAAAAAAAUUGAAACAAUCAAGUUAGAUUUUAAAGAAAAAGCAAAACCAAAAGUAGGGUCUAAGGAUAAUAUGAAGCAUGUUCCUGGAGGAGGUGAUGUAAAGAUAGAAACCAAAAAACUAGAAUUCAAUGUCCAGAGUAAAGUGGGGUCAAUGGAUAACGUUAAGCAUAAGCCAAAAGGUGGCGAUAAAAAGAUAUUCGAUGAUAAAGAAUAUUUAAAGCAAAUGUCCGGCAUAACCAGUGAAAACCAUUCCCUCUCAGGAUCUCAGAAUUCUCUACGUUCUCAACCAGGUGCAGCUAGUGGAGCAGAUGAAAACCUGAAUCAGCAUCAUCAGCAAUAAAGAAAUAUAAAUGUCCAAAGAUUCUAGUUCACACAUUCACUCGAGUGAGACAUAUUCUUUAUAAAAUAGAGUAAAUGAGAUGAUCACAAAUCACUAUAAGAAUUAUCAUGUAACAUUCUUCCUCUAAGAAGUACAAGGAACUGUUUAUUAAUUCUAAUUUUAAUUCAUCACUCAAAGUAAUGAAAUGAAAAUAGGGUUCUUCUGUAAAUGAAAAUUAUUUUUUCUGUAUAUCCGACAAUUCUAUUCAGUUUUCGGAAAUGAAACACGAGUUAUUGAGCAUGUGUCGUUUUCUAUAUCGGCAGUUUUGGAUCACGUGGUAACUUUAUUACUGCAAAAGUAUUUUGUUACAAUAAUCUUC